AUGGAGAAGGUUUGGUUCAAACUCCGCCAAACCGACUACCCGCCACCCCCGGAGAAGAGCAUCCUUGCAGGCAACGGGGACGACUCCAGCGCCCCAAUCUGCCUGGGCCACUUCAUCCCCGAUCUCAAGAGUAUCGACUUCCCCAUCAAUCCCGGCGCCAUCCUAGCCUUCCCGCCGCGCAUGAAAGUCUACCACACGCAUGCGCUGGAUUUCAAAUGGGACGACUCCAAGAAUUCAGAGACAGGCACGAACUGGAGCGGCGGUGUACCCAUUGCACCUGCCGCGGGUCUCACAUUCAAGGGUAGCCUCAAACUCACUUUUAAGAAGACUCUGAAGAAUCAUGAGGCGUACGAUCGGCUGGACUCGUACAUCGUCAACCCAAAUAGACGCUAUGUAGAAGAGUGUUUAGAGCAGAAGGAGUUGAAGAAAUAUCUUGGGGAUAAGAAGAUGUGGUCUAUGUUCAUGAUAACCGGCCUUAAAGUUGCGCGGGUAGGAACCAGGGAGGCCGAGAAGUCGAAGUACGUAGAGAGUGAAGCGGGACCAGAGGUCGAUUUUCCUACUGUUGCUACCGUAACGGCCACUGCGAAUGUUGUCCUUGAAAACUUACAGAAGACAGAAGGAACAUACGUUUCGGAGUUCAUCUGGGCUGUGCGGCUCGCCAAGGUACAUAAGGGACUGUUGAUGACAGACUGGUCGAUUGAGCCGUAUACAACUAAAGCAACCUUCACUACAGACAACCCAGGGGUUGUGAACGUUGCAGGUGUUUUGGAGGCCGAGGGGCUGGAAAAAUUUCAUGUUGUCAACGAUGAGGAGCUUAAUGAAGCCUUUGUAGUAGGCAGUGGUGACUGGGACGCCUCUUGA